AUGGAUUUGACAUCAACUUCAUCUGGAAUUGCCCAAAUGCCUGUUGUUGAUAGUUCAGACACACUUGCUGAUAGUUUGCAAUGCUACUAUCCUACUAAAAAAGAAACUUGGGAGUCUCUUGCUUUUAAAUCGGUUGAAGAGGUUGAAAAAUUUUAUGGUGAUUAUGCACUUAAAAGUGGGUUUUCAAUUCGGAUUUUGUUGAAAUCAAGAAACAAUUCACAGAAUCAGCCAACUGAUAAAAUACACUAUCUACGAUAUGGAUGUAACAAACAAGGUUACAAGAAAGGAAGUUUGCUUGAUCCGAAGAACAAGCCAAAAUCAGAGAGUCCGGUUGUGGUUGAAUUUGAGAAAGUAAAAGAAAAACCUGAGGAAAGGGUUGGUUGUACAGCUGCCAUAUUUUUGAAGUUGGAUGAAACUCUGAAUGUCUUUAAGAUAUACAAAUGGGAUGUGCCCCAUUGUCAUCCGUUACAUAAACCGAAACAUGGAUGUUACUUGAGAUCAUUCAGACGAGUCAAUGAAGUGCAAGGACAGCUUGCUGUAAUAAAUUCGAAAGCCGGGAUGUCGAUGAGAACUUCUUAUGAAGUCAUGGGUCAGGGAGUUGGAGGAACAGAUAACUUGCCUUUUCGAUUUUCGGAUUUAAAGAAUUAUCUGAUGACAAAUCGGCAAAAAGAGAUGCUAGUUGGUGAGGCAACCGUGAUUCAAGAUUUUUUUAGAAAUGAAGCUCUGUCGAAACCAUCCUUUUAUUAUGAUAUUCAAGUUGAUGCUGCGGAAGAUAUAGCUAGUAUUUUUUGGGCAGAUGGGAUUAUGCAGCAUGAUUAUGCCUUAUUUGGUGAUGUU